UGUGUCUGUGAGAGAGCUGUGCCUAAUACAAAUAACCGCACAGCGCCUCGUUCUCUCUAAAAACUUCUUAAUCAAACCACUUCUCUUCUCCCACCUGCCUGCCUGCCUGCCUUCCUUCCUUCCUUCCAUCCAUCCAUCCAUCCUUCUCCUUCUGUGUCUAGGGUUUUCUGAAAUCUCCCAUUGUCCCGCGCUCUUGUGAUUCGAUACCGUUUCUUUUAGCUGCUCAGAGAGAGGGUCGUGGUGGUUCUCAAUGGCCACCUCAACUAUGAAGUCUCAGCCUCUCCACAACUUCUCUCUCCCUUUCUUGAAAUGGGGUGGCAAGAAUCAGACCAAUACUACCCAUCGUUGCCGCCGUCAGACAUCCGGCGACUCCUCCCAACCUAUUGCGGCUGUUGCUGACCAUAACUCUGAGCCGGAGUCGGAAUCCGAAACCCGACCUUGUAAGGUCGGAUCGAGAACUUCCAGAAACCGAUUUGGGUUUUCUUCGGGCUAUCUGGGAGAGAAAUCUCUGAAGCAACGGCAGCAGCAUGAACCUUUAGAGGUAGCGAGUAACAAUGAAACUGAUGAUGAAGCUGGAGUGAGGAAGAGAGAGACAGAGGACGCUGAAGAAGCUGAAGCUGAAGAUAUAGUGCAGAAGCCAUGGAAUUUGAGGCCCAGGAAACCAAUAUUCUCGAGAGGCACGGUGGAGAUCGGAGUAGGACCGUCGAGGCACGGAGAUUUGCAGGAAACAUCCCCGGCGGUUACCGGUGUUCAUUCGGUUCAGCAAGAGGAGAACCAUCCACAGCCGAAAUUACGUCGCUUGAGGUGUGCCACGGAGACGCAAAAUACCGAAAGAAAGAAAAAGAGGAGAUUCUGGAUCGCUUUGUCAAAGGAAGAGAUUGAAGAGGACAUAUUCGUGAUGACUGGGUCAAGGCCCGCCCGAAGACCUAAGAAAAGGCACAAGAAUGUGCAGAAACAACUUGAUUUUGUUUUCCCUGGCUUAUGGUUGGUGGGACUCUCUGCGGAUGCUUACAAGGGGUUACAUACUCCGCCAAAGAGGUAGAGAGAAGCCGUAACGAGUUGCAGUUUGCAAAAUGGGUUGAAAGUCAUUGGGCUUCGGUAAAUUGAGAAUCUUGAAUGGAGGUACAAAUGCGCUGAAUUUCCCGUAGAUCAAAUGAAUUACGAAGACGAAUCCUUAAAGUCAAGGUUGUUAAUUGCUUUAGUUAUGUUUACUUGCUAUAGGCUAAGAUGCUGGAGUUCUGUUUAAUUCGUGUACCUAUCUAUUCAACUGUAACCGAAGGAGAAAUAUAUAGAUGGUUAAUAGCGUGAAAUUAGCAACAAUGUUAAGCGUGUGAUUAGGAGAUUCUGCUUUGGGUUUUCUUUCAUUGAAUAAAUUCUGAUUCUCCAAUUGUUCAAAUGUUUGACAGGCUUCCCUACGUUGUUGGGGGCCAGAGUAGCAAGUUUACAGUUGUUUUA